AUGGGCUCGGCCGAGUCCAAACAAGUGGAAGGCCGCUUGCGACAGGCAAGACUCGCCAACAUCAAUCUCCCCGAGAGAUUCAACAUGUACUACAAAGGCAAGAGUGGACUGAAAGUGGUCCUGGGAGAGAGCAAGUCAGAGCCCUGCAGCUUGGUUUCCAUGCCCGGCGGCUGGUAUGGCGAGCUUAUCCUGUAUAAUGGGCCGACUGUCGAGGCAGCCCCUGUGGCUGUAGUACGGAGUGGCCGAAAGAUGGGAUUCCACGACAGCAUCGAGCUAGCAGCAUCACGACCAGAGCAACAACCCACCCGGGAGGAGUUGCGGUGCCAAAGCAAUGGAUGGUCCAUGUCAUACGCAUUCGUGACCAUGGUUGACUCGACUUCGCUGCCUGAAAAGUUCGAGUGGCGCAGCAGUCGCGGCGACGAGGUCAGGGGCUUAGGCGAGCAGUCUUACGGCUGGAAGCUGGUGUGGCUGAGCCACCAAGACGAGGUCGUUGCUGUUGGAACAGAGGCAGCGUUGAGCUUGUCCUUGAGCAAAGCGGGAGCGUUCCAGUUCGUGGGGCGAGGGGCAUCAGGCGAGCUGGGAGAUGCCUGGGCGGUCAUGGCUGUGGUAUCGUUUCUGAGGAUCGUGCAGAGGCAGAUGCAAACAGCCACCACGGCAUCCGUGUGA